AUGGCAAACGCUCUCACUCUGUCGUCGGGAGCUGUGGCGGGCGGCUCCUUCGAGCAGCAAGGCUCUAUUGACUGGGUUCAAAUAGCGAAGAUGUCGGUUACUUUGCCGAUCUCUAUUCUCGCACGCGUCACAGCUGCAGACGUUUCCCCUCUCACCAUCGUCGUGGGGCAGGAAAUGUCAUCUCUCUUUCGACUGUCUGCCACUGGACAUGAACGUCUUAUUAAAGCCCUUGGGGAGCUGAAGAGUUUCUCCGCCAUUGGAGAUGUCAUCUGGUUCGGCUUCGGGAUAAAGCAUAUAGUGCGAGUCCUGGCGGAGACCGGCAAAGGGCUGACAUGCUUAACGCUAUGUGCAUGUCUUUCUGAAAUCCAUACCCCAAAGGCCUGCGCCGAAAUCUUGAUCAGACUGGCUGAUAUCUGCGACGCCCCUGAUGAUCUACGACCCUCUGCGAGUCAAUGGAUCAAUUUGGUAGAAGUCUGUUCUGGAACUCUCAGGUCUACAACCUUUUCCUGCGUCGCGGAGCAGUUCAUGUCAUUCCAUCGUCCUCACGUGAGGGAUGAUUAUACCGAUGAGGCUGGAGACGUUGCCAAAGCACUGCUCGCUGUCGCCCGUGUUUCUUCGGGUGUCCUUAGCUCGGUGACAUUGACAGGUGGUCGCUCCUGCGGAUGGAUAGCUGCCAUUGGAUUCUAUUUUCUUGGUCUUGAGGUCGAAAUUCGAAAUGCCGACAACGAGUCUGUUUACAAGUCCACGGCUGAUGACGAUGCGAUACGUCUCUUGGUUAUCUACGGGACAGGGCGGCCUUCCAGCAAAGUUCAGAUCAGCAGCACCGCCUACUUCAUCAGUUCUGUUGACAGAGUCAUGUCAAGCUAUGAGCAGCGGUUUGAUUCUAUUAUCUUUGGGGCCGUUCCAUGGGAUAGCUGCCUUUUCAGGACUUUUGGGGGCCGUUUCAAUAAGCUUAUGGAUGCCAGGCAAGAUUUUGGACGUCUGAUAUGCGCUGCUGCACGCGUCUUUGAAGCCUUGACCAACUCGGACACAGGAAGCAUAUUCGAUUCCGAUGACUGCAUCAGUUGGUUUGGCUUCCAACAAGGCCAGUACGGGCAUGGCUUUUCUGACUCCGCAAGCUCAUUGUUCCCUGAACUCUUACCGCUGGGUCCAUACAUUGAUGUUGAAACUGACAUGUCUAUUGACGAUGCCGUUCUGGCAUACAAUCAAGCCGCGAAGCAGUUAGCAAGCACUUGCAACUGUCAUGAUUGUUCCAAGGACCACUCGAGAUCCAGGAGGCGUUAUUGCCUUCCUUUCCUGGCCGAGGCUAUUAUCUUCCUUGUCUGGAAUGUUUCUGCUCUCCAGCUCGAUGCCGAUCUCAAGCCCUAUCGCUCUGGCCUAAGAUUUAUCUACCAACUGCACUCUGGCAGGGCCAUGACGGACGCUAGUUUCGGACAAAGGUAUGGAGCUGGUGGUCAUCAUGUAGCUUACUGGGGGGAUAUUGUUCACCUCGUGCGGCUCCUCGACCUCGCUUCAGUAUAUCAUACUGCUCAAUUUCUGUUUACAAACCACUUAUACCCACUCCAAACACACAAAUCAUUUACUGCCGCUUGUGUUGGAGGGAUAUGUUUCUAUUUUGACAUAUUGCGAAAUGUAUCAGAUCGGCCGGAAGAGGCGAUGAAACUACAUGUUGUACCUGGUGUCAUUCAGACAAAUACUGGGCGACAGUACCCGUGUAUCGCAGAUAAGACUGGCACAAGAUCUCGCGGUCUCUUAGGAUUCGACUGGAGAGACAACAGUUCUUACCCCAGAAAGGGUACCACCCAAUACCGGACCGAUUACCAAGCUAGUGUGAUACAGACCUUGGGCGGUAAUACCUCAAUCCCUAUACUUGGUAUAGACACCGGAAGCUCUGAUCUUAAAGUUGAACUAUUGAUCGAAGAGUCUAGCGGUGGCUUGCUUAUUGACUUUCAUCUAUGCGGCUCUGCGGGAACUUGCCGUGUUGGGGCAUAUAGCAUGCUCAAAGAGAUCAUCCAGAACUCAGGACUAGUCCACUGCACUCAUCGCGAUUGCGCCAGGAUGGAUCAGAUCAGCUGCGACAUAUCUGUUAUAGACGGAGAAGGCACUGUAACUCAGAAUCUCGAGUCGAGAAUCUACCUACGAAGGCUCGCUGGUAAUCCUUUGGCGAGAUGCGUUGGUCUUUUGGUUGACAGAGAAUGGAAUGAGGCGCCCAUAUUGCGCCAGAGAGAGUGUAUACCAUGCUGUAUCAAGACUGCUGCUAGUCUACGAUAUGAUGGCCAGAGGUCUGCAUCCUAUGUUAUUCUUUGA